GUGGCGGCGUCGAGAAACAAACGCGAGAGGAAAACCCUGUGUGUGAUUCUCUGGAUUUCUGUGCAAAAUGUCUUGUAAUUAUGCCGAGGGGUUGAGCAAGUACGAGAACAAGGGCAAAUUGGGCCUCCCUGAGAGGUUUGACGCGCCGGAGGAGGUGGAGAGAAAAGUGCAGAUCUUGGCGGAAAUGGUGAAGGAAUCAAAGCACACAGUUUUCCACACUGGAGCAGGUAUUAGCACCUCAGCAGGGAUUCCAGAUUUCAGGGGCCCAAAAGGAGUUUGGACAUUAGAGAAGCAGGGACUGAAACCCGACAUCAACAUAUCCUGGGACGACGCCAGACCAACUCUCACUCACAUGGCUAUCUUAUCCCUGGAAAGACAAGGAUUUGUACAAUAUGUAAUCACUCAGAAUAUAGAUGGACUACACCUGAGAUCAGGACUACCUCGGCAAAAAUUAUCAGAACUUCAUGGGAACAUGUUUGUUGAUAUUUGUAACUACUGUAACAGGCAGUUUGUAAGAAGUACAGCAGUGACGACUGUAGGCCAGAAGAGUGAAGGCCUAACAUGCCCAGGAAAGAGAGGAAAUGGAAGAAAGUGCCGUGGGAAGCUUCACGACACCAUACUGGACUGGGAGGAUGGAUUGCCUGCUGCUGAUCUGGAUCUUGCAAUUGCUCAUUCUUGUGCUGCGGAUCUCAGUAUCUGUCUAGGAACGACAUUGCAAAUUGUACCAAGUGGAAACCUGCCAGUUGAUACAAAGAAAAGAGGAGGGAAGCUUGUUAUAUGCAAUCUGCAACCAACCAAACAGGAUCGUUACGCUGAUCUCAUUAUCAAUACCUAUGUAGACAACGUCAUGAAGAGACUCCUUGAGCUCAUGGACAUAAAGUUGUUGGAUUAUAACCCAGACGACGACCCUAUGAAAAUAACACAGGGAAUGUUAAUAGAGCACAGAAAACUAAGAGAAAAUUCCAAUGCGUUAGGGUUACAGACAGAUGAUUUUGAGCCUAUAGAAUGGACAAUACCAGAGGAAUGGGUGAAAGAUAAAGUCCUUGAAGAAAAAGUGAAAAGUAAAAAGGUUAUCAGAAACAAGAGAACCACCAAGCCAGGCGAUGUGAGUGUGAAUGAUGUCAAGAAAAGAAAAACUAGUCUGGAUGGGGAAGUGCAUGUGGUCAGCCAUAGUAAGUCUGAAGGUGUGAAAGAGGAAUGCAAAGAGGAUAGUGAAGAUGUUAGAAUAAAGAUUGAUAUUAAAAAGAAAGAAGAAGUGGGUAAGGAAGAGGUUGAUGAAAGUAGAACAAAGGCCGGCCACGAGAAUGGUAACAAAAGUGUCGAAAAAUUGGAUAUGAAAAGUGAAGUGAAUGAGAUUGAGGACAAGUGCAAGGUAGAGUGUGAUGUCAGAGAGUUGCAUUCUAAUGGGGAGUUUGUGUUGAGGCCUGAGUUGGAUUGCGGAGUAAAGAGCGAAAUGAAUGAACAGGAGACAGCCUCUGUUGUUAAUGCCACGGUUGUUGGUGGGAGAGUAACAGACGUGGUGGAAGUGAAGGAGGAGAUGAAAGGACCAAAUUUGGGAAUCUCAGGGAAUGAAGAUAAGUUAGGUGACGGCAACUGCUGUUUUUAGUCCAGGGGCUCAGGCAGUACUGUAGAAGGGGCGUGUUUAGAGUACACAAAUUUUUACCAGUAUGUAAACGAAUAUGAUAAGGCAUUUUGCACAGCAAACUGAGCUAAGUGAGUUUGUUUUGUUUAUUUUUAAAAUGUUUUUAAGAAGUGUGAUUUGGACACAAAAACAAAGGGAUUUUAAGUAAUUUUUAAAAAGUUGUUAUACAUCUGCUAUAAUGAAACAGAUAUAUAUAGUCUAGAGUAAGUAGAUAUCUUGUAAAGUGAGAUAUAAAUUUUGAAUCCAGCUUUAUGUUAUGCCUCCAAAUCCUUUGUGAAGAAGGCAUGAUAACAUUUAGGAAGUAAGAACAGUUUUGUACAUUUUUAUUUUUCUGUUCAGAGUGCAUCAGGAAGAUCUUUCUUGGACAUUGAAAAACAAAUUUAUUGGGAAAAGGAGACACACUGUAUUGCUGGGUUCUAUUGAGCAAAUGACUAAGUCUGAAUGGAUAAUUUUAGCAUUGUAUAGUAAUGUGUAAGACUGGUCUGUUUUUAAAUUUUGUAGAAACAUUUUUAAGUGUGACUUUGAACUUCUUCGAAAGAUAUGGCUAAGCUGACAGAUGAGUAAAGACAAUUGAAGGAUUGUGCAGAGGUGUAGUCAGGCGAAGUAGAUGGACACCAGUGUUAUUGUCCUAUGGUUUAUUCUGAUUAUAUUGUUUAUUAUAUACUUUAUUUCUAAAGAUUCACAUUGAUAAGUAUUUUGUUAUAUACACCCUAAACUGGUAAAGGUUGAAGGAGAAAUUAAUUUUAUUUUUUUACUCUGUAUAGAAGAGUGUGCAAUAAUUUAGUCUAAAGUAAAGAGGCAGUUUUGAGUUUGAAGUCAAUUAAUAUUCAAGACUUAAUAUGAUUUUAGUUUUAGCUACUGUAUAUACUGUACAGUAUAUGUGAGCAGAAGCAGUACAUGUUGAAUUUAAUCAGCUUGAAUGAUUAAAGAAGCUGAAUAAAGCUAUAUUAGAAAUAGAAACAUGUUUCUAACAUUAUCUUUAUAUUAUUUUAUUCUGGUUAUAUAACACAAGCCUGGACAGGAUUCUAAGAUUUUUAAUAUUUUGUUAAAAAGAAAAUUGUUUUGUUGCCAAAAAAAGCUGUUUCAGGAUGUUAAUCUUUUCUUGCCAGUGAAUAUUGGGAAAGCAGCCAAUUUACCUUACGAAUCCCUUUCAGUUUCUGAGUUCUCAUUGUGGAAAAUGCAGGCCAAAAAUAUUACCUCUCUUGUCAAGCUGAAGGUAUCUUAAAUGGAGCUUGACUGAAGUGAAAUUCUUGUAUGCUGGUUCUCUUACUGAUUUCACUGAAAAGAUGUCAGUGAUUCAGAAUGGGUAAAGUUUAAGAGUGCUAACCAAUUUCUUUUUUUUUUAAUACAAGAUAGUUUGUAUUUGCAAUCUCAAGAUGUAUGUUUGUGUCAAGUAUGUACACUAUCAGUAGACAGUGUUUUAUGUUUCAUCAGACAAAAAAAUCAUUCAGAAAUGUUUUAGAUUGAUGACUAGUCAUGUCAUGACCUAUUUUUCCUUUUUCUUAGUGUUUAGUACAUACUGUAUAUUGUUGAAUUUUAUAGUAUCUUUUAUUUUAUCAUAAAGAAAGAAUUUACAAGUCUGAUUUUUUUUAUUUUGACCUUUUUUACAUUUUGAUUUUUCUAUUGAAUUUUGAAAGGUGUCUUACAUGGCAGAAGCUUGAGCAUUAUCUUUUCAAGUUUCUAUAAUAGUUUUCUAAAAUGGUAAACACAUUCUGUAACCUUUCACAGCCAAUUAUUAUGUAUUAUGUACACACUUUCACACAGCUAACAUAUAAGAAAGAGUUUUUAGCACAUUCAUAAAUGUAUAAUCAAUGACUAUUUGUACUCAUAACCCACAAAAAAAUGAAUCAUAUCUGUUUUUACACGUAAGUAGUUCAUAAAUUCUUUAUUUAAGUUUAUCUUCCAAAGAAGCAGUCUAUGAAAAAAGGCCAAGGUUCAUAUUUUCUUUUUCUGUUUAUCAAGCAUUUGUAUGAUCCCCAUAACAAAAUGUUCUGACAUGAAAGACUCUGUUGCUGUGCAUUCAAACUCCAUAGGUGUUGCAUGAUUCCCAGAGGUUUAAGCAAACCUGUAAAAAGAAUUGUUUCUCAUAUAUAGUAUAAUAUAACAAUGUUCAACACAUUUUGUUUUUCAAUUUUAAUUGAUUAUGGUUAAUCUUUCUGCUUUCUAGAAUGCCAUUAGUUUUGCUCCACUUCUUCAUGUUAUCUGAAAAUUUCCCUGAGGGACUCCUAUUGAACAUGGGGGCUUGAACUAGACAUGUUAUAUCAACCCCUGAAUAUUGUAAAGUUAACUGUGACAGUCUGAAGACUUCAUUUAUAACACAAGAUUCUUCCUACAAGCAGUUACGAAUUAAGCAUGGCAUUACAACUUGGUACCAUACAACAAUCAGUAGUUUCCCAGGAUUGUAUAUCAUCACUUAAUGUGAGGUAUAUUUUCUUGUUUCGGACAUUGUGGGUAGCAGGGCUUGUAUGUCUGUCAGAUGUUGAAAUUACUUUGUAGAUUAGUAUGAAUGCAAAAGUAACUAUCAAAUUGAAUGAUUUAUUAAAUUUUCUACUUCAAAAUGUAUAUUUUCAUUUACUUCCCAAGUGGAAGAGAGACCAGAAUGUAAUAAAAUUUGUAUUAGAAAAAUAUUGUCAAAUAAAAAUAAGGUCAGGAUGUACAGUAUUUGGAAACACAGAAGAGUUUGAUGGACAUUGAAAUGUGAGGUGAUAGAGCAAAGCCAGUGUCCUUUUUCAGGUCAUUGGCUGAGAAUUAACCAAAGCAUAUAUCAAAAUUAAUGGAACUAUUUGUUGUUGUCUGGGAUAUAUGAUACAAAACACACACACACACACACACACACACACACACACACACACACACACACACACACACACACACACACACACACACACACACACACACACACACACACACACACACACACACACACACACACACACACACACACCUCUCUCUCAAAAGGGUAUACAUGUCAGAAGAAUAUAACUCUCCCAAGCUCACUCCUCUGAGACAUGCAACAUUAAAUAUAACUUUUUUUUCUUCUAAACUUGCAUGUAGAAGUUUUACAUUCUGUCUCAUGUAAUGAUCAUGAACAAGACACUUUGAGGUGAGGUAAUGAAAACAACCUAAAAGGAGUUGUGUGAGAAUGAACCUGUAUUUCCAUUUUUAUUUAACCCCUGGAUAUAGAAGUAAGCAUUGUGAGCUUUUCAAACAGUACAGCAUAGUUACUUUAAAAUAUAAACACUUAAAAAAAAAUGUUAAUCAAAUAAAAUAUUCUCAACUUUUGAUCAUAACAGACCAAAUUUCUUUACCUUUGAGAAAAAAUAGAUGUCAUAAUAUGUACCAGAUAGAUGAUAAUGUACAUUUGCAUAACUUGGGUCCUACAUUACAGCAUUGUGUGCUAUGUAAUUUGAAGCCAGAAAUUUCGAAUUUCAUAAUGGAAUCAUGUAUAAUAAGGCCAAAUUUCACUGCUAAAUUUGUAUGCAUAUGUGAUGAACUCUGAAUAUACAUAGCUUGUAGUAAUGAGCAUUUAUUGUAAUUAGUAGAUGUUUUUUCCCCUACUCUCCCAUGUAGUACCAUAAUUUGCGUAUACUGCAUUUAGUAUUGUUGGGGCUGUACUGCAUGGCUGUGAAAUCUGAAAACCAAUGUAUUAACUCAGAUCUUUAGCUUAAAAUGUUCUUGCAAAAAAGGAAUACUGAUGAUUAAUUGAAUCUCUUGUGCCUGAGUACUGGUAGAUUUUCUGUUUUUUUUUUCAUGUAGAAUCCAAACCUUUGUAGAGACUAGCUGAAUAAGAACUCAUGAUUUGGGUUCAAGGCAUUUAUUGUUAUUUCGGUGUUUUAAUAUUUAUGGAUUGAUUUGAUAUGUAAAUAACAAUGAAAGCAAAUUGUGGAAAAAAAGAGAAACAAUUGUUGAUGUAAAUUGUGAGAGUUUCUCUGCUUAUUUGCCCAUUGAUGAUUCCCCCAUGUUAUUCUCAUGUGUAUUUUCAGAGAGAAUAUAUUUAUUAGUGUGUAAAUAUAGAUAUUUCUCAGUCUGAAUUAAUAUUUUUCUAUCUUCGCUCCCAACAAUUUCUUUUUAGAAUUACAUUUUCACCAUAUUGCAUGUUUCUAUAUAAGGAAUUGAGAAUAUUUAGGAAGUGUGGCUCUGUCUUAAGACCAGUGUGAAAAACUUGAAUUUUCUUUAUCUCCAAAUAUGUUCGUUUCUGGGCCUUUUUUUUUAUGUGAGGAUUACUUUUCAUGAGUGUUACUUGUAGAUGCAAUGCUUGACACUCACAGACACACACACAAAAAAAUCUCUCUCAAUAUUGCUCUCCACCCCCCCCCCCCCCCCCCUCCCCCUACACUCACACAUAUACACACAAAUAUAUACAUACAUGUACACACUCUUGUUAUCUUUCAAAUGUCAGGAACUUGUGUGUCUUUGUGUGUUCCGCCUCAUAUGUCUGACUGUAGUUAUUUCCAUUUAAUCAGUGAGUUUAGAGAUAUAAAUAGCUACAUCCAUUUUAACAUACUGAUACCAAUAAAUAGCAAAAAUGUGACAAAGUUAUGUUUGAAACUAUUGUCACAUCAAAAUCUUCCUGGCUUCGUAUGCAGCAAAAGUUGAUUCACAUAUAUUACCUUACCUUUCAUGUGGUGUUUACACAUACAAUCAGUUUUAUAUGCUAUGUAAAUGUAUAAAGUGUGUUAGGAAGCAAUUAAUAUACAAAGUCUACUUAUGUAAGCUAUCUAAUUUUUCCAUGAGAUGUAUGGCACAAAUAAAUCAUGUGAAUUCUCAUUACUAAUAAAAUCCAAGUCCAGUUUUAUUAAAUGGAAAUUCUGCCGGUCUUUCACAACUCAACUGCUUUGUUUAGACAAUAACAAGCAUUUUUAAUUUAGUUUUCAUAGUAUAGAAGUACAAAAUGAUUAAUGAUGGUGAAAAACUUAGAUCAAAGUGUUUUCUAGUGUAAUAUAUAAAUAUGUUAUUUACUUUAGAUAGAGUAGAGUCCAGCAAAGUAUAUAUGUAUUUAAUGUAAUCAAAUAUCCAUUUUAGAGAGAGCAAUUGCAUUUCAUAGUAAAAACGAUAAUUUUCUUACCAAUUAAUAUUCUUUCAUGUCAGUGUGUCAAAUGAAUUACCUGCUCCAACUGCCAUGUGAACUGAGAACGGGAAGUGGGUUUUCUUGCUCAACCCACUAUUUUUAAGCGCAAAAUGAUUACUCUGCUUGAAACAGAAAAGAAGGUUCGAAAUUUCAAUCCAUAUUCAAGUAUACUUAGUGUUCCCAACAAGAGCUUGAUCAUGUGGGGAAAUGCUAUCAGGAUUAGACAUGGUAUUUGGGGCGGUGUGAUAAAACACGACUCCACUCAUUCAACUCAUGUGAUAACAGGUCCCGAUGCUAAUGUUGAAGAUGAUGUAUAUCAAAAUUUUUCCAGUUAUUACCUUUUUCUCACAAAUUUUCAUUUUAGUUCUCAGAAUGUACAGUACUGUUUCUGAAAUUAUUACUAUUAAAUUGAGUUGAACAGUAAUGGUAACAAGUGUACCGUUCUUUGCUGUGAAUGGUUUUAAGAUUGUUGGUGUAAGAAUAGAAAAUAUUAUUUGACGUUAAAGCACUUAAUUGUAUGUGUGUGUGUGUGU